GGUAACGUAACCUUAAAUUUUGCACAACAAACCAUAGCUUAGCAGCAAGCCGCAUACUUUCCUUGUUAUAUCAGCUUUAGUAUAAGUAUUUUCUUAUUUUUUAUAUCAACAUUAUUAUUUAAGUUGAUAAAUGCGUGGUAACCCAGUUUGCAUUAAGUGUGAAACCGAAGAGUCUUCACUAUGGACGAACGCGGAAAACUUGGGUGCAGUGUGUUUAGAUUGUCUUCAAGACUUGGGAAUCAAGAAGGAUACUGCCGAUAAGGAGGAGGAGAAAGACGAGAAGACGACAUCCACAAUGCGCCGCACUCGAAGUAUGCGCACUCCGGUGACACCAGUUGUGAGCAAACAAGCAACUAAACAAGGCAACAAAUCUACUCAUCCAAAGGGCAAGAGUCGAAGAUUGAUUUUCAAGAAGUUGCCCACCAAGGCACCAAGUGCUGUUGCUACUCCAGUUACUAGUGAUAGUGUGUUCUAUAAGGGAAUAUAUUUUCAAAAAGGAGACAUUGUCAGCCUAUUAGAUGAAGAUGAUAAUGUAUAUUAUGCUCAACUACGCGGUUUUCUCACUGAUCAGUACUGUGAGAAGUCUGCAGUGAUAACCUGGUUAUUGCCAACUCAAGAAUCUCCACCUCCGGUGAUGUGCUUUGACCCUGCUACAUAUAUAACUGGGCCUGAGGAGGAGAUACCAAGAAAUCUCGACUGCAUGGAGUUUGUAAUGCAUGCUCCAUCUGAUUACUACAAGUCUAAAAUCACUCCAUAUCCAUCAGUUUUUGCAACCCCUGAAGAAGGCUACAUUUGGACUAGAUUGGAACCAAUCAAAAGACUUUUACAUCGACCGCCUGACAAUGAAGAUGUGUCUAGUGUAACAAAUGAUAAUAUUAAAUAAUUUUAAGAAAUAAACUCAAUAUUUGGUUCCUUAGAA